AUGAAAAACGGCGUCCAGAUGCCCCAGCAGCAGCAGCAGCCCCAGAUCCUCAUGCCCAUGGGCUACGAUAUGAUGGGGCAGCCUAUCUACCCGCAGCCCGUUCCCAUCUAUAUUAUUCCGCAGGGCACUGCCAUCCCGCUGUCUGCGUACCAGAACAGCAACGGGUCGCCGCAGAUCGUGGUCAACGGGUCGUCGCCAGGCCAGUUCCAGACCGCACAGAGCACCCCGACCAGUCCGGGGCUGCACCACCCUGGCGAGCUGCGGCCGCUGACGGGGGUCAAGUCGACGCCGUCGCUGCAGUCGUAUUUCGGCAGCCACGCAGCAGACUUCACGCCGCCGCAGUCGGCGCUGUCGUCGCGCACCAGCUCGUCGAACUCGCUCCGCUCGCUGGACUCGUCCUCCUCCACGCUCGCCUCUGGCACCUCGGGCGCCAAGGGCGCUGUGCCGCCGCUGUCGUCGCUGUCGUCGCUGCAGCGCAUGACGCCGAUCCGCAUGUCGUCCUCGGGCUCUGUGCCGCGCGUGUCGUCGAUGCUGUCGCGCUCUGUGUCGUCUGCGUCGCUCUCGACGCUCGUCCACGACGACACCCCAGCCAAGAAAAAAUCGCGGCCCAGCUCCCCCACGCUACUCAGCAACAGCAGCAGCUUCAACUCGGCAGAGUCCAUCGACCGCUCCAUGGCCAUCUUCAACAUCACCUCGCCCUCAGAAACGCCGCUCACAACGCCGAUGCACUCGCCCACCCUCAAACCCGCCGCCAGCUCCCAGAACAUUCACCUCCCGCCCAUCAGCUCCAUGGUGCGUGGCAUCGCCGAGCUCGACGAGGAACUGUUCCACAGAAAGCUCCUCAACAGCCCCGAAGAGCGCGCCAAAGACGUCCUCAACAGAGCCCCUGCUCCGCCGCGGCCCGUGCUCUCCAAGGACAACUCCAGCAGUUCGGGCAUCCUCACCAUCGAGAAUCUCGUCAACAAACAGAGAUAG